AUACUCUAUUCUUUUUGACAUUUAAACUGUGUGUUUAAGACCAACAUGAAAAACCAUUGCCAAAGAAAACAUAUUUGUAUAUUUUAAUUGAUUAAUCACUGCAGCUGAAAAACUGUGACGCACUGUAUGUGUCACGAAAUUAACACAAUAAAAGGCACAACAUCACACAUACACAUUUGUUGAAAUAGAUGAGAGCAACAUCUGAGAAGCUCUUGUAUAAGAAAUUCUAAUAUUUGUAAAGAUCUAAAAAUGCAUUUCUAAGGAAGAAUAAGACUGGAAAAUGCUUUGCAUAUUAUUCAUGUUUAGAAUUUAAAAUGAUCAAAACUCUUUUUAUAUUUCUGUUAAAACUAUAUUUCAACUUUUACAGUUUUCAUCACCUGGCCGUAACAGACGCUGUCUGCAUCCUUCUGCCAUUUUCCUUCAUAGGAGCUUUUUUUCUGUGUAUAUAUGAGAACUUCAUGGGUGUAAUUGUUGUAAUUUGAUUUUAUAUUUGUAUUUUGAAAUAGUUGUGUCUGAAUGUUAGGAAGUGAGUUAAUGCAAAUGGCAGCUGAAAAUUACUCUGUGAACAAUGUACAGAGCUUUAUAAUCACUGGAUUUGAUCACCUCCAGAAUCAAAAGCUCCUCGGAUUCCUCAUCUUAUUAACCUACAUGCUCAUACUGCUUGGGAAUGGAAUUAAUCUGUGUGUCAUCUCGAUUAACCGACAUUUACACAAACCAAUGUACAUAUUAAUCUGUAAUCUAGCCAUUGUUGACAUAAUAUUCUCCUCUACCUGCAGCACAACCAUGAUCUCAGUGCUGCUGGCUGAGAUUAAAACUGUUUCAUAUUACUCUUGUAUCUCAAGGACAUACUUUUAUCAUCUCGGUGGUAUCACAGCAUGCAUGGCUUUGACAUUGAUGGCAAUAGACCGACUUAUUGCGAUCAGGCUUCCGUUAAGGUACCACAGCAUUGUAACAAAUUCACGAACAUUUCUGCUUAUUUCACUGACUUGGCUCAUUGGUUUUGCUAUAAUGGGUGUUGAGAUAUCAGUGGUAGAUAGCGUCCCAUACUGUCAGCCUGUCAUCAGAUAUGUGUUCUGUGAUUAUCCUUCUAUGAUCAGAGCUGCUUGUGUUAAUCCUGAACCCUAUUUUUUCUUGCCUACAAUGAUCAAUCUUUGGUUGCUGUGUGGGCAGUUUCCCUUUAUUCUGUGUACCUAUGCUGUCCUGGCUUACAGCGUUACUAGACUCUCCAACAACUCAAACAAAAAGCAAAUGAUCAGCACCUGCUCCAGUCAUCUCAUUGUCUUGUUUAGUUAUUAUGCACCAAAGCUGGUUUCUAAUUUACUAACUCGAAUAGGAGUCAUGUUAAGCUUAACAGACAGAAACGCAAUAAUAAUCAUAGCCUCUCUUGUUCCUUCAUUAAUAAACCCCACUGUUUAUUGCACCAGGACUAAAGAGAUCAGGAAACGAUUAGCUGAUGUAUUUUUGCACAAAAGAAUUGUACCAAAUCACUUAAAGGCUGUAUCAUAAUAAUAUUAUAUGAUAAAAUUAUAUAAUAUGGUAUUAAAUAUCAUGGGUGAUUCUGAAGAUGUUGGUGAUGCAAGGUGAUUGACAUUCAUACUUUAUGCUAUGUUUACAGCAGUGGUGACUGGUGGAAAAUGUUCUAGGUAGGGCUGUGAUGUGUCACAUCCAUCAGUUUUAGCAAACAUCCCAGUAUGAAGUAAUGCUAACA